UCCGGGGCUCCGGCUGCGGGGACGUGGGGGACCUCAGCGAGGCCGAGCCCGCGCCGCCCCGGCCCCGCUCCGCUCCGUGCGGGCCUUCCUGGAGAGCGGCGAGCGCGGGCUGGCGGCCGCCGGCAGGUGGGGGAGCGGGGCGUCCGGGCGGGCGGCGCGGCCCGGCGAUGGCGCUGGGGAACUCGCUGGAGACGAGCGGCUCCGCGGGCGCCUUGACGUCGCGCUGCAGGCGGCGGUCGCGAGGCCGGCGCUGUGCGGAGCGGGACGCUUCUACGUGCGUGCUGGAACUUUCCUGCUGGAAACAGCGCAGAGCAGCGCGGCACGAUGGAGAGAUGCGUGUGAACUCGCAGCCUGGUGGUACCUGAACGCUUUCCGUAUUCCUAAACCAAAGUCAAAACUAAUAAGAGGAGAUGGGGCUGGGCAAGAUGUGCUGGAAAUGUUGGCCUGCGACCGAAAAAGCCAGUGUGGUGCUGUUUGGAUGCACAGCUGUGGUCUCCAGCACCUCGCGUGGCUUGGCUUGCAGUGGAAUUCUGUGUCAGUGUUAUUCCCACUGCGCAGAUCGUUACAACAACUUUUUCACUCGCCCCACGAGACAUCGAGACUGGAAACAGAUGCUCCUGAAUCCGUUUGCCUGUUGGUCCUUGAAGCCAGACUCGGCAGCCAAGCUGAAGCUUCUUGUACAGCAUGGAUGGAGUACUGUGUGAGCCCUGGAGAGACACGGCCUUCACCUGCCUUAAUUAUACACUGGGCAAGAAGCCUGCAAGCAACAGGCGUUAGCCUGAACUCGUGCGACCAGAAAGAAUCUAUGGGAAGAAGCGUCUGCUACUGGAAGGAAAUUCUGCUUAGCUUGAAAACUAUCAAAAAGCACAGAAGUAUUCCUGAACCUGCUGAUGCUCUCUUCAAGCAUUUCCACAGUGUGGACAUCCAGGUCCUCCAGGUUGCAGCCUGUGAAGAAGAGGCACGUGUGGCUUUUGCAACGCUGGGUGCAGCUGAAGGCAAAACUGAUGAUGCUUUAUUAGCCUUUGAAGCUGUUAACACUGCGGUUUCGCACUGGAACCUAUGCACUCUUGGUCAAAGAAAGGCAGAGGAGGUUGAGAGUGAUGGUGUGCUACCAGAGGAACAAGAAGAACGCAGAGCCUGUCUUGUUGAAAGGCAGCACUGCCUGAUGAAGAUCACUGAGGAAAGCUCCUCUGACCCGUCAGUAGCUGCCCAACUGCCGGUAUCUGUUAGAGCUGUGACGGAAAUGCUGGAGGCAGUGAUCCGGGAGCCUGGGGAGAACGGUGAGGAGGGAAGUCUUGCCUCCAGAAACAUCUCACGAGCUGCGCACGUGGAAGUGAAAGAUGCAGUUCCAUCACCCAAGAAGUUCUCUUUCUCACCAACUAACACCUACCAGCUUCUCCUGCAGUGGGCAGAAGAUCACAAGUCCUUACUUCAAAAGCUGUGUCAGCAAGUGGAAGCUUUAAAGAAUGAAACAGGGGAAAUGAAACGUAACAGUUGCAGUGUAAGCGUGCCAUCUCAUCGCUGGCCUGCUGAAAGCUGUGGAGCAGAUACUGUGUCAGAUGGUUAUGGGAGAGCACAACACCUUCGUGAAGCUCCUUGGAAGGUUGCUACCUCUGGCCCGUCUGUUUGCAGUAGCCAGUCACCUGGUGACUCGCAGUGUCUUGGAAGAACUGCUGCAACCAAUGUACCACCAACAGAGGCGCCUGUCUGUGGCACGAACGGAGCUGCACCUCAGCACGUCCGUGCUCAGCAACAAGCGAUCCACGCGCCGCCUCUGCACAGCACUUGUGCUGCUGUGCUUCCUCAAGGCACCUGUGGUGCACCUGUGUGUUUUGAUGCUCCGUCUGCUGGAAUCCUUUCUCCUCGUGGAGGUGAUGAUCGCUACAACUACGGCCUGCCCCAGGCGAGCGCAAAUCCACCUCUGCCUGAAGCAGGCUGUUUUACAAGACCUGCGUUUGCACCCACAGGUUUAAAACCUGCAGAGUCCUGUGUCAGUGCCGCACAGGACAAAUUAGGAUCCGCCUUUGCGACAAAGGAAGGGCAGUGGGACUGUAACAUCUCUGCAGUGAGAAAUGAACCCGCUGCCCCAAAAUGUGCUGCCCUGCAGAACGCAAACAAAACUCGUUCAGCAGUAUCUCUUCAAGAACUGUCCUUUCAACUCGAUGGGAAAACCCCAGCGUGUACCUCUCAGAAUCUGGCAGAUGCUGAAGCGGAGCCUGCAGAGGGAAGAUGUAACUUCUCAGUGUGGAUGCCUCCAGGUGGAUUUAAAUUUGGCAUAGAGGAGUGCAAUACAAAUUGCGCUAAGGAAGACGAUCCGCCCAAGGAGCGUACAGCAGGCUUGACAAACAUGGAUGGAAAAGACAAAAAUGAACUGCCCUCAGGUGGUGGAGUUACACUCCAAUCUCAAGAAACAGCAAACAGGGACAAGAGUGAGCCCAGCUGUGAGAAAGGCACGUGGAUAACAGCUCAUGUUUCUGGUACGAACGCAGCCAAAGCGUCUCCUUGUGGUGCCAACUCUGUAGCUGUGCUGGAGGAAGCUACCAGGGAACACAGCGACCUCAGCCAUGGUGGUGAUGGUUCUGAUGCCGCUGUAGAGGCCUCAGAGGCUUUAAGCACCUGUGAAACGCCAAGAAAAACCGUGGUGUCUGCUCCAAAGUUUGUAUUGAGGUCUGAAUGUGUCAAGAGCGUUUUCAGUAACGAAAAGACAUUCCCAUCUGGCAAGACCUCGGCCAUCGGUUCCCUCUUUGGAUUCGGCUUUAAUCCUCCAGGAAGGAGCGCUGAUGGAAUUUGAACAUCUCAGAAAGCAGAGCAGGAAAAACCGGGAGUGGCUGAAGCAGCCAAAAGCUGCAGUGCAGCUCAGGAACCUUGGGAGAGCGAGGCAUCCAAGCUGGCUCCUCCAGCACAAGAUGGGCCCUCCGACUUCUCGUUUAAAGUUCUGGAAGAAGGUGAGCGUUAA